AUGUUGAUUCUUCCUGGCACUUCCGCUCUUUCAUCCUUUAAGAGUGCAAGUGUUUUGAAGUCUAUUCAAAAGACUAUUCCCUUGGCCGUUUCAAUUUCUGCUCUUCAUGUCCAUUUCGUCCAAGCACGUACAGGUCAAGAAGCUAGCUUAGAUGAUUCUUUGGAGUCUGGCCAUAUUUUGAAGCAACUUUUGACUUAUGGUUACUAUACCAUUGACGCUCGAGAAGAAGAAGCUAUUAUUUCCUUCCUCAGCACUAGCCAACAACAACCAAACGCAUCCAUUGUACUUGUUGUUCCUCGCGCUGGUACCAUUUCUCCUUGGUCUUCAAAGGCAACCAAUAUCGCUCACCUCUGUAACUUAUAUGACCAAGUCGAACGCAUCGAACGCGGUGUUGCCUAUCGCAUUGUUAAGGAAGAUGGUUCUCAGCUCUCUGCUCAAGAGUUAAAUUCCAUUGUAGAUCUGAUCCAUGAUCGUAUGACUCAAAGCAUCAGUUUGGCUUUACCUGAGCCUGAAUCGGUCUUUCACCAUGGCACUCCUGCUCCUUUGACAGUGGUCGAUUUACUAAGCAACAGCACUGGCACAACAGAUGCUCGCCAAAAACUCGUCGAAGCCAACACAACUUUGGGUUUAGCACUUGCAACAGACGAAAUUGACUACUUGAUUGAUGCUUUUGUUGGAAAGGAUGGUAAGAAUGGGCUUCAACGUAAUCCUACAGAUGUAGAGCUCUUUAUGUUUGCUCAAGUCAACUCUGAGCACUGUCGCCACAAGAUCUUUGGUGCUGAUUGGACUAUUGAUGGUGAAUUGAAGCCUCACUCACUCUUCGGCAUGAUCAGGAACACACACAAGUUGAAUCCUGAUGCUACACUGUCUGCUUACUCAGAUAAUGCCGCUGUUCUCAAGGGUUUUAAGGCCACUCGUUUCGCUCCCAAUACCAAAGAAAAUAACACUUAUGAACAUUUCGAAGAAGAAGUUCAUUAUCUUGCUAAGGUUGAAACACACAACCAUCCCACUGCUGUAUCACCUUUCCCCGGUGCUUCCACUGGUUCUGGUGGUGAAAUUCGUGAUGAAGGUGCAGUUGGUCAAGGCUCCAAGCCCAAAGCUGGUCUUGUUGGUUUUACUGUUUCUAACUUGUUGAUUCCUGAUAAUGUUCAGCCUUGGGAAACUGAUUUCGGCAAGCCAGGCCAUGUUGCUUCUGCUUUUGAUAUUAUGAUUGAAGCUCCUCUUGGUGGCGCCGCCUUUAAUAACGAAUUCGGUCGUCCUGCCUUGACUGGUUACUUUCGUACUUUUGCAGAAACUGUGCCAGUAACUGAAAAUACGUCUGAAGUUCGUGGUUACCACAAGCCUAUCAUGAUUGCUGGUGGUGUUGGUACAGUCCGUCCUACUCACGUCUUUAAGAAGCCCAUCUCUCCUGGUGCUCAUUUGGUUGUUUUGGGUGGUCCUGGUAUGUUGAUUGGUUUAGGUGGUGGUGCUGCUUCUUCUAUGGCUUCUGGUCAAUCAAGCGCUGAUCUUGAUUUCGCUUCUGUUCAACGUGAAAAUCCUGAAAUGGAACGUCGUGCUCAACAAGUUAUUGAUGCCUGUACCUCUCUUGGCGAAGAAACUCCCAUCCAAUCUAUCCAUGAUGUUGGUGCUGGUGGUCUUUCCAAUGCUUUACCUGAAAUCGUACAUGACAGUGACCUUGGUGCUGAUAUCGAUCUGCGUAAGGUCCCUUGUGAUGAUGCUUCCAUGUCUCCUAUGGCCAUUUGGUGUAACGAAUCUCAAGAACGUUACGUCUUGGCUAUCUCUCCAGACAAAUUGGCUCAAUUCGAGGCCUUCUGUGCUCGCGAACGUUGUCCAUAUGCUGUUGUCGGUACUGCUACUGCUGAAAAGCGUCUUGUAGUUCGUGAUCCUCUCUUAAACAAUGUGCCUAUUGAUUUACCUAUGCCUGUUCUCUUUGGCAAGCCUCCCAAAAUGUCCCGUAAGACUGUCACUGAACAAUUCUUCAGAAGACCUUUUGACACUACUCUCCAGACCUAUCUUCCUGGCCAACAUGAUGUACUUGCUGAAGCCGCCUCUCGUGUGCUUCAUUUGCCAUCUGUCGCUUCCAAGUCCUUUUUGGUGACUAUUGGUGAUCGUUCCAUCACAGCCAUGGUUGCUCGUGAUCAAUUCGUUGGCCCUUGGCAAGUUCCCGUUGCUGAUGUUGCUGUCACUACCUCUUCUCUAGGCUUCGAUAUUGUCACUGGUGAAGCCAUGGCUAUGGGUGAGCGUACUCCUAUUGCUCUCGUGUCUCAGGCUGCAUCUGCUCGUAUGGCUGUUGCUGAAUCAUUGACUAACUUGGCUGCUGCGCAUGUGAACGAUAUCAAGGAUGUUAUCAUGUCUGCUAACUGGAUGUGUGCUGCUGAUCAUAAGGGUGAAGGUGCUGGUUUAUAUGAAGCCGUCCAAGCUGUUGGUAUGGAUCUCUGUCCUAAGUUGGGUAUUGCUAUUCCCGUCGGUAAGGAUUCUAUGUCCAUGAAGAUGAAGUGGCAAGAUCAAGAUGUUGCUAAGGAAGUUACUGCUCCUCUCUCAUUGAUUAUCACUGCUUUUGGUACUGUCAUCAACAACCACACUACCUUUACUCCUCAGUUACUUAAUAAGCCCAAGACUGCUCUUGUUUUUAUUGAUUUGGCUAAUGGCAAACAGCGUAUGGGUGGUUCUGCUCUUGCUCAAGUCUUUAAGGAAAUUGGAUCUGAAGCUCCUGAUGUAGAAGACGCUGUCUUGCUUAAAAACUUUUUCAACAGCAUGCAACGUGCCAAGGAAGUUGUUGGCGAGCCUCUUGUUUUGGCUUAUCACGAUCGUUCUGACGGUGGUCUUUUUGCUACUGUUGUCGAAAUGUGUUUUGCUGGUCAUGUCGGUGCCGAAAUUGAGUUAGAUAGCAUUGCUAAAGAAGGCGAUGUAGUUGCUGCUCUUUACAAUGAAGAAUUAGGUGCUGUUGUCCAAAUUGAAGCCGCCCGCUACGAAGAAUUUGCCAAUUUGAUGAACAAUGCUGGCGUUCCUUCUUCUGCUGUUCACAAAAUUGGUUCUGUUACUGAGCACGAUAGUAAAGACAACAUUUCAUUUAGUCUUGGUGGUCAAGUAGUAUACAAUGCUUCCCGUAUCGAUCUUUACCGUGCCUGGUCUAAGACUUCUUACUUGAUGCAAUCUGCCCGUGAUAAUGCUAUUUGUGCUCAACAAGAAUACGAUGCUGUUCUCGAUGCUGCUGAUCCUGGUCUUCAAUAUCAAUUGACUUUUGAUCCUGCAGAAGAGCCCGCUGUUGCCUCUAAAUCUGAUAGACCCAAAGUUGCUAUCCUUCGUGAUCAAGGUGUUAAUGGUCAGAUCGAAAUGGCCUUCUCUUUCCACUUGGCUGGAUUUGAAGCUGUUGAUGUACACAUGACUGACAUUAUCUCUGGCAAGGUUAGCUUGAAGGGCUUUGUCGGUAUUGCUGCCUGUGGUGGUUUCUCUUAUGGUGAUGUUUUGGGUGCUGGUUCCGGUUGGGCUCGUACUAUUUUGUUAAAUGCCCGUGCAAGAGCUGAAUUUGCCGACUUCUUUGCCCGUAAAAACACUUUCUCUUUGGGCGUCUGCAAUGGUUGUCAAUUCUUGAGUCAAUUGUCUGAAUUAAUUCCUGGUACUGAAAACUGGCCUCGUUUUGCUCGUAACGAAUCUGAGCAAUUCGAAGGUCGCACUACCCUUGUCAAGGUCGAUAACAGCAUUAAUUCUGUCUUCUUAAACGGCAUGCAAGGUUCUAUUUUACCUAUUGCCGUUGCUCAUGGUGAAGGUAAAGCCACAUUCAAGUCUGAUGCUGAGCUCCAAACAUUACAAUCUCAGGGUCUUGUCGCUGUCAACUAUGUUGACAAUUAUGGCAAUGUCACUCAACAAUAUCCUUUCAAUCCUAAUGGCUCACCUCAAGGUAUUGCUGCUGUUGCCUCUCCUGACGGUCGUGUCUUGAUCAUGAUGCCUCAUCCUGAACGUGUUGUCUUGAAGGAAUCCAAUUCUUGGUAUCCUGCAGAACAAAACUGGGGUCAGGCCGGUCCUUGGUUAAAGAUGUUCCGUAAUGCUCGUCAAUGGGUCGGUGACAACUACUAA